UUUAAUGAGAUAGUUAGUCAAUAUACAGAAAUGGAAGGCAUGACCACAGGAGAAAGGAUAGUGAUCUCAUUUCCUGUUUGACAAGUCUACUGAACUAGUUGAUCAAGAAAACGCUAUAGACAAUGUUUGUCUAGAUUUUAGCAAAAUACUUGAUAAAAGUCACUCACAUCAUUCUCAGGUAAAAGCUAGGGAAAGACAGGCUAUAUGGUAAUAAAGUUGGGGGAGAUUCAGAACUGGUUGAAUUGUUCAUGGCGUGUGGUCAGCUUGGAAAGUGGUCUUUAAUAGACUGGCCUGGCAAUCUGUGCUCUCUCAGCCUUGUGUCCUUUGCCUUUUUUUCCCAUCAAUAACUAAGAUAAAAAUCUAGUUGAGUUUAUAUCAAAUUUGCAGAUGGCUCAAAGCUUGAAGAAGGAGAUUCUGAUUAACAGUAAACAUGUAAUCUUUCUUGGGCCUGGCAGUUGGGGAUUGUUGCUGCUGAGGGGAGUCUGGUGGUCUUAAGGCGAGGAGCCCCCAACCCCCCCCCCCGCCCAUGGGGGGGGCCAUGACGGGACUACUGUGGAGACAUCUUUUUUGAAUUUCUAAGACCAGGUUCACAGAUGAUGCCUACAUAGACGACUGAGAGCAGUUGGGCUGAAUGCUUCAUUGCUGAGCCAGUCACUCAGGUCUCCUGGCUGUCUUGGUUGCUAUGGGAGAUUGGAGGACUAUUACAGUGCCAAUCCCUUCAUCAGAAAGCAAAAAUAUUUCUCAGUUUACCUCAGAAGCCAAUAUGUCUCCUUCAAAUUUAUACUCACAGCAAAUUCUGUGUGCUUCACUACCUUUGGCAAAGAAUGUGCACAAUUUUUUCAGGGCUUUCUGCACAGAAGAGAAUGUUGACCAGAGUAUAUCCUAUCUUGAUCAGGAACAACUAGAAACAUCUAGGAGGGAAAUGAUUGGGCUUCAGGAGAGAGACAGACAGCUACAAGGCAAGAACAGAAAUUUGCACCAGUUACUUAAAAAUGAGAAGGAUGAGGUACAAAAAUUACAGAAUAUCAUUUCGAGUCGGGCAACUCAGUAUAAUCAUGAUAUGAAGAGAAAAGAACGUGAAUAUAACAAGCUAAAGGAACGUCUUCAUCAACUUGUUAUGAAUAAAAAGGAUAAAAAAACAGCUAUGGAUAUUUUAAAUUGUGUAGGGAGAGCAGAUGGAAAGAGAGGUGCUUGGAGAACUGGCAAAACUGAAGCUAGGAAUGAAGAAGAAAUGUAUAAAAUUCUGUUGAGUGACUAUGAACAACGCCAGAAGCAAAUUCUAUUAGAAAAUGCUGAACUCAAGAAAGUCCUUCAGCAAAUGAAAAAGGAAAUGAUUUCUCUUUUGACACCACAAAAGCAAAAACCUAAAGAAAAAGCUGAAGACAGUUCAGGGACUGUACUGUCCGAUGUUGAAGAAGAUACUUCAGAACUAAGUAAAGAAAAUAUGUGGGAACUCUCUUGUGAAACUGUGAGAGAGCAACUUACUAAUAGCAUUAGGAAACAGUGGCGGAUUUUGAAAAGUCAUGUUGAAAAACUUGAUAAUCAAGUAUCAAGGGUGCAUUUAAGAGGCUUUAAGGAUGAAGAAGUUAUCUCAAGACAGGAUCAUGAGCAAGAAACUGAAAAACUGGAGUUGGAAAUUCAGCAGUGUAAAGAAAUGAUCCAGACUCAGCAACAGCUUUUACAGCAGUUCACUGCAUGUGAUGAUGACACCUCCUCAUUAUUACAAGAUUGUUAUUUACUGGAAGAAAAAGAGCGUCUUGAAGAAGAAUGGGCCUUAUUUAAAGAACAAAAAAAGAACUUUGAUAAAGAAAGACGGAGUUUUACUGAAGCUGCUAUCCGACUAGGACUAGAGAGACAGGCCUUUGAAGAAGACCGAGCUGGUUGGCUAAAGCAACAGUUUUUAACCAUGACUUCCUUUGACCAUAAGAACUCAGAAAAUGGGAAACCUCAAAGUGCCUUCUCAGAAAGUUCUGAUCAGGACAAUCUAACGCUGCACUCCGAGCCUUCAGUAUGCACAUCUAAAAUCACUAAAUCUCUUCCUGCUUCCCCUUCUACUUCAGAACUUUUCCAGACAGUUCAACAUAUAUCAGAAAAUAGGAAGACAAGGAACAUACAUCAAUCUACUAAAUUUGCUUGGUGAAGAAGAGUCAGUCUGAGGAUGAUGUGUAAUUUUAGAUUUCCCUACCUUUUCCCCUUAUCUCAACCUAAGAUACUUUUUAAGAUUUUCA